AUGACGAGGAUGAUGCAGGAUGUCGAUGAGGCCUUGAGGCUUGGAUGAAAGGCAGGGAGUCACAGGACUUGCAGGAUACGAACGUGCCGAUCCGGGAUGCGAUAGAUAACAAUCAGCGCAAGGGGGAUGAAGUUGAAGCAGUUCGCAGAUGGUAAAGAGAUGAUGACGCAAAAUCCGGUUGGCAAGGGGAGGACGGAGUGAAAGAUUGAAGCGAUAGCUUGGCUUCGUGCCGUGCAUGAGGUCGGAUGAAGAGAAUGCGUUGUUCGUGGUAAGUCCGAAAGAGAACCUUUCACAUGGGGACUGCAGUGGCACAGCACAGGGGGUUCGGGCGAUCAGCUUCACAGCCUCGGAGAGUGUUCCACUAGUCCCGAAUGUCGUACAGUCUGAAAAUCGUAUCAUGACCGCAUGUCGAGAACAAUAAAAACAAGGUCAUUGCUACCAGCAACGGCCAACGUAAUAGCACCGCGCGCAGUCGUAUUUUCCAACAAACGAGUGCAUCUGUAUCAUAGAACAGAGAACAGCUGAGGAUGCCUACGGAGCGCCCAACGACGGAACCCAUGUGCCAGCAUUGUCUCUUGUUUGGCUCGAGGGUUGUCGGCAUUCACCGGCAUGCUACUCACCGCCAGGGCUGGCGGCGGCGGCGGCAAAUGGCUUCUUCCUCGUCGAGCUCGUCGUCGCCAACAACACGCUCAAGGACCCUUCUCUACAUAUCCUACAGGGACUCCCGCGCAAGUUCAUCCCGCUUUCGACGUCGCACACGGCUGUUGGCUAGCUAUGAUGACUCAACCCAUGAUGGAGACGAGCAGGACCGUCUCAUUGAUUCCGACGCCGGGCACAUAUCUAUUGACGCAGACCUACCACCUAAAUGGUGCAUACAACGUGUCUCGCUUGGUCAUAUUAUGCUGAUAGUAAUGUUCAUAGGGUUGACAUCGCCGAAGAGAUUGAAGAAAUACUAGGUGGUGUCCAGACGAAAAUUGCUACGCUUGACAAAUUGCAUGCGAAGCAUGUUUUACCCGGAUUCUCGGACCGGAGCGCUGAAGAGCGGGAAAUUGAAGCCUCUACGACUGACAUAACGAAGGACUUCCGACGAUGUCAUUCGUUGAUUCAGCGGAUCCAAGUUACGCCUGACCAUUCAUUUCCUCCGACCAAUGAAUCCCGCAAUGAGGCAUUGGCUGCCAAGAAUGUGCAACGAGGACUUGCAGCCAAGGUUCAGGAACUUUCAGCCACUUUCAGAAAGAAGCAACGAAUAUACAUGGAAAAACUCCAGGGACAUGCGAUCAAGAAUCAGGACUUGCUCAUAGCCUCGGGCACUAUAUCUUUGAAAGGGUCAGAUGGACUGUCUGCAGUGGAUGAAGAUGUGGAAGCAGCACAUGCUUCACGCAGCCAGGCCAUCUCUCAAGAUCUCUUGGUGCCUGAUCAGGACCUCCGUGCGCGGGAUCGCGAGUUGACGGAAAUCGCGAAGUCUAUCGCCUCCUUAGCAGAACUCUUUAAGGACCUUUCUGUAAUGGUCAUCGACCAAGGGACUCUACUCGACAGUGUAGAGUACAACAUUGAGCAGACGGCUGUGCAGGUCCAAGACGCAGUGAAAGAACUAGACAUGGCAACUCAAUAUCAGAAGAAUACUGGAAGACGGAAGUGUAUCUUCCUACUCCUGCUGAUCAUCUUCGGUCUCAUUCUAGUACUCAUUUUCAAACCUCGACGACAUCACACUUCCUCCCCUUCUGCACCUUCUGUGGGGUCCUCAGAUUCUAUGACUUCAGCUCUGAUGUCAUCUUCAGCAUCUGUUUCUGCCGAUUCGGCAGCGAUGGAAAUCAUAUAUAUACCCAAUUGUAUCUCGUUGGAUAAUACUAUUCUAGACAUCUCUAUGUUUUGCCACAAGCAUGCUACUCGACGAUCAGCGCUCAACCAGGAUUCUCGUCGUGUCUGCCAGAGGCGGGCCCUGUGUGGCACAGUCCUUCGGCUGCAGGCUAUCGCCGGAAUCCUCUUUAUUGCCUCUCGGAACGAGAGCGACUGUCAAGGUCCUCACAUGGAACGGACCUUCCUGCAAGCAGAUUCAGAUUCGAUGAUCAUUUCCCAGUGGAAAUCGUAGCUUGCAAUGCUUAAUGUUACGGAACGUAACGGUUAAACAGAUACAUCGACAAUGAUGGUCGGACUUUUAGCUAUAGAAAAUACAUUACUUGGUGAAAC